AUGGGAGAAAUACAAAGUGAGGUAACAUGGGAGAAGGAGGAAGAAAAAGAAGAAGCAGAAGCUCAAGUUGAAAUUUGGAAGUACAUAUUUGGUUUUGUAGAACUAUCUGUAGUGAAAUGUGCAAUUCAACUUGGCAUAGCCGAAGCCAUUGAAAAGCACAAAAAACCCAUCUCACUAUUAGAGUUAUCAUCAACUCUAAAAUGUGACCCUUCAUAUCUUAACCGCAUCAUGAGAUUCCUAGUACAUAGGAAAAUAUUCAAAACCAUAUCUACCAACCAUGACAACUAUCCUAGCUAUGUUCAAACCCCACUCUCUCGCCGUUUAAUUCGAAACGGCGAGCAAAGCAUGUCUGCUUUUCUUUUACUAGAAAGCAGUCCUGUUAUGGUAGCUCCUUGGCUUAGUCUCAGGGAUCGUGUUUUGGAAAAUGGAAACCCUUCUUUUAAAAAGGUUCACGGUGAAGAUAUUUGGCGCUAUGCUGCUACAGAUCUUGAUCAUAGUAAUCUUAUCAAUGAUGCUAUGGCUUGUGAUGCUAAAGUUGCUGUGCCUGCUAUAGUUGAAGGUUGUAGUGAGUUGUUUGAUGGUGUUGGAUCCUUGGUGGAUGUUGGCGGUGGGAAUGGUACAACCUUGAGCAUCCUUGUUAAGGGGUUUCCAUGGAUUCGAGGUAUCAACUUUGAUCUUCCACAUGUCAUUGACGUGGCUCCAAAGUGUGAUGGGGUAGAACAUGUGGCAGGUGACAUGUUUACAAGUGUUCCCAAAGCUGAUGCUGUAUUUUUUAAGUGGGUUUUGCAUGAUUGGGGGGAUGAAGAGUGCAUCCAAAUCUUAAAGAAUUGUAGGGAAGCUAUACCAAAAGAAAAUGGAAAAGUAAUUAUUGUGGAAGCAGUUAUUGAAGAAGAAGAAGGAGGAGGAAAACACAACAAGUAUGAAGAUGUAGGGUUAAUGUUAGACAUGGUGAUGAUGGCACAUACGAACAUUGGAAAAGAGAGAACACUAAAAGAGUGGGAACAUGUGAUCAAAAUGGCUGGAUUCGAUUCAUUCACUGUGAAAUCUAUCAAUGCGGUGCAGUCUGUAAUUGUGGCCUCAGGCUAA